CUGGCAAUUGCUCAUCAACACACACCGCCACGACGACAACAACGAAGAAGCCAACAGGCAACACAGACAGGCAGCUUGUGAUUGCACAGCCAAGCAGCAGACAGGAGGCAGCCAGCAGCGAGCGAGACACGGAGCGUGGUCAAGGGUUGCUGUGCCUGUUCUUCGUGUUGUGACGCGCCUUGUGGACACAGACAAAGAGAGACAGGCUCACGUGCCGGAUAGGGAGAGCAAAGGAACGACGACAAGCGAACCAACGUGCCACUAUUCUGAGCAGAGCGAGAGCAUCAUGGAGACGAGCCGAAUCAGCAGCGCCGGCGGCAGCAGCCGUCCUCCUCAGCCGACAUUUGUGCAAAUCAGCCCAUCGUCGCACCUGACCUUCGACGGUAAAGGAAAACCUGAGCGCAUGGUCAAGAGCAACUUCACACUCAAGAACCUCACAGACGGCUAUGUCAUCUUCAAGGUCAAGACCACCCGCCCUCACUCCUACUGCGUGCGCCCAAACUCGGGCGUCCUCAAGGCCGCCGAAACCGCCCAGAUUGAAGUGAUCAUGCAGUCGUUUGAGAACCUGCCAGAGGAAGCGCCCAAACACAAAUUCCAAAUCCAGGCUGCCCGUGUGGACGAUGAGCCUGAUGAUGUGACAACCGCGUGGAAGCAGAUUGACGGGACAAAGGCAUCCGCGGUGCAGGACCGCCGCCUCAAGUGCGAAUGGCGAAACGUCGUCCUCCCAGACGGUCGGCUCUUCAACGAGGGUGGCCCUGCACACCCGCAGCCGCACAUCCCACGCACCCAGUCCCCAACCUCCUCCUCUUCUACACAACGCAAACAGGCACAAGCUGACGCGCCUGUUGCAACGACUGCUCGCCGCGCCGCCGCUGCCGCCAGUGAAGCGGCGGCGAAGAAGACGGACGCAGACGCAGAUAAGCAGGCCGCCGACAGCAACAAGCCCACGCCAUCCACCACAACCUCCUCCUCCUCCUCUACUGCCAAGCCAACGUCGACCUCUGCUACAAGCAAGCCCAAGGACACGACAACGGCUGCCGGCACGACCGUUGCCAAGAAGACGCCAUCAACAACAACAACACCAGCGUCGUCGUCGUCGACAUCAGGAGCCGGUGCUGACAUCGCUGGGAAGAAGGGCACGAUUGCGAACCUGGUGCUGCUGCUGCUUGCGUUUGUGCUCGGCGUCCUAGUUGGCCAUUACGUCUUCUAGUUCCCCGCGCUCUCUCUCUCGCGCCGAAUUGCUUGCUUGCUUGCACUCACGCAUUGCUUGUGACGCCCUUGCCUUGCAUGCACGCUUCGUGGGUUGUUCUUGCUGCUGCUGUGUGUGUGUGUGUUCCUCGUGGUUGGCUGCUGUCCGUUGUAUUGGUGGCUGUGUCGUUGAUUGUGUGUGGUGGUGUGGUGGGUGUUGCUGGUGGUGGUGUUCUUCUCCUUUCUUCUUCUUCUUCCUUUUCCCUUUUUCCUUUUUCCUCGCACCUUGUUGCUCUUCCGUGUUGUUUGCACCGACAACAACAACAACUGAACUAGUCAGAGAGAG